UCUUUUCGCUUGCAUAUUGCAUUUUGCUUGUCAUCCUUUUUGGUCUUAACUAGUUUAAUAGAUUGAAUUUUGAUGCAUAAUGUGAUACUAUUUACCCUAGAUUUUAAUGUUAUUUGAGUAUGCAAAGUCUGUUAUCAUCCAUUACAAAAACUGGAACCCCAUUGCAAUCUGCAAGCUCUCCUUUUGUUGUCCCAUCUCCCUCUACUCCCAUAGAAAAGGGCAUUAAUUGGAUCCCUCGUGAUGGCUCCAGAAUUUAUUUUUGGCGAGAUAGAUGGCUCUUGAAGGAUCCUCUUUGUUCUUUGUUUCAUGGUCCUUUCAGGCCGCAUGACCUUAAUCUCACCUUGAAAGAUAUUUUACUUCCUAAUGGUAGAUGGAAUCUGGAUCAUGUUGCCUAUCCUCUACCUCAAGAUAUCAUUCAAAGAAUUGCUGCUACUCCUAUCCAGAAACAUAGUUCUGAGAAAGAUUCCUUUAUUUGGAAUUCGUCUUCGAAUGGCAAUUUCUCCAUGGCAAAGAACAUUCAAUGGUCAAAUGAAGAUGAUUGGUCUUGGAUUUGGAAAGUCUUAGGCACCUUCUUUUUGCUUGCAUAUUGCAUUUUGCUUGUCAUCCUUUUUGGUCUUAACUAGUUUAAUAGAUUGAAUUCUGAUGCAUGAUGUGAUACUAUUUACCCUAGAUUUUAAUGUUAUUUGAGUAUGUUAUAUGUGAUUUUAUUUGAUUCUACAUAAGUUUUGUUGGUUUUGUAAAGAAGAACUCAAUCGUAAAAAAUUAGAAAUUUUAGA